GUCUCGAAGCCUUUCCACGCCGCGCGCACGCCCAACGGUCGAGGCAGGGGAGGCCGCGCGCGCUUGAGCAAAGGCCGGGAAAAUAAUGGCGGCGCCCGUCUUGCGAGUGUCCACCCCUCGCUGGGAGCGGAUAGUGCGGCUACUCGUCUGUCUCUCAGGAAUCCUGUUAUCCCUGUACGCUUUCCACGUGGAGAGGGAAAAGACCCGCGACGCCAACUACCGCGCCAUGUGUGACUUGAGCAGCUCCAUCAGCUGCUCCAAAGUCUUCACGUCCAGAUGGGGUCGAGGAUUUGGACUGUUGGGUACCAUUUUUGGGAACGACAGUGCAGUAAACCAGCCAAACAGUGUCUAUGGAAUCUUGUUUUAUAUCUUUCAACUGUUACUAGGUUUGACGGCCAGUGCGAUGGCGGCUCUGAUUCUCAUGACCACCUCCAUCGCGUCAGUGAUGGGCUCCCUCUACCUGGGCUACAUCCUCUACUUCGUCCUCAAGGACUUCUGCCUCAUCUGCAUCACCACAUACGCACUGAACUUCAUCCUGUUUGUGCUCAACUACAAGCGACUGGUUUACUUGAACGAGGCCUGGAAGCAGCAGCUCCAAGCCAAGCAGGACUAGACACACAAAAACACAACAAUGACACAAGUAGAGAAGGAGAACCAAUCAUCCAACACGUGGGGAAGAGGGGACUUCUGGAAAAAUCUGUGACUUGUCACCAGGAGACCUUGCUUCCAAACAAAUGUCCAUUCUGUUGUGUGUGUGUGUGUGUGUGUUAAACAAGGAAAGAAAACGUGUAUCUUUAGGGGCCACAGAUCACAGGUUCAUUGCAAGGAAGGAUUGGAAACCGGAAACACAUCUUUAUCCGCUUUGAUUUCUCCUUGGUUUUCUUUGUUCCCUGAGAUGAAAAUGAGGUUUGCGCUUGAUCGAAAGAGAGAGAGAGAGAGAGCGGUCGGAAAGCACUUACGAAACAAACAGAAGAGGGUGUCCUUUCCCUGAGGAAUAAAAUAAUGUAAAAAACAAUGUGAUAACUUCUGUUUACUUGAAUCCACUGUGAAAGUGGUUGCUCUUUGGACUGUAUUUAAGGGUUAUAAAGGGUAAACACGAAUGAUCAUGAGGCUAAUGUAACGCUCGCAGACAUGACGGCUUGCUAUCAUUGAAACGACAAAUAAAGUGUAAUUUGUUUUUUUUGUUUUUUUACAGAUUUUUUUUUUGUUUGUUUUGUUUGUUUGGAAGAGGACCACUCAUAAACCACGGACGAAUGUGUGACUAUUUUUUUAUUAGUUUGUUGUGCAGUUCUGUAAAUAGCUGCCGCGAAGCAAUAUUCCAGUCCAGAUUAGUUUGUGUUUUACCGUUGAAACAUUUCCAGCGAGUGCUUUCAACGGCGAUUGUGAGAGUUAUUUUUUUGUGUGUGUUUUAGUAUUUUACUCCUCUUAAGGGGGUCUUGAUCCAGAAUAAAUGCUGCAUUCGUCGUGUUUUAAUUGAGUUGAAGUUGUCAAGUCAGCAGACUUAAUAAUUAUUUAUUAACACCUGAUUUUAAAGAAUUACUUUGGGGGGAAAAAUGAACAUUUGCUGAAAUCCUACUCGCCCUCAGUCUAUCCAAGAUCAGGAUGAGUUUGUUUCUUCAUCAGGUUUGUAGAAAUCUAGCAUUGGAUCAGUGCCUCAUCAAUGGAUGCUCUGCAGUGAAUGGGUGCCGUCAGAACGAGAGUCCAAACAGCUGAUAAAAACAUCAUCACAGAUUUGUUUAGAGCUGUUUAAACGGUGCUUGAUCUGUGCAGAUUUCUCUCCUGAUUCACACCAGAACAGUUUUUCACUGGAGGAAGUGUUAUUAUAGUGGAUAAUGCUGGAUUUGUUUCAUCUUUUGUCUUCUCCAGAUGUUAACUGACGUGGACUGGAGUGCUGUGGAUUAUUGUGAUGUUUUUAUCAGCUGUUUGGACUCUCAUUCUGACGGCACCCAUCCACUGCAGGGGAGACACCGAUGCAGUGCUACAUUUCAACAUGAGCAAACAAACAUACUGUUAUUGCACUCAUCAGAAAUGUAUGUUUGUGGUAAUUCCAGCAAUUUCAGAUUGACUACUUUUUUAUUGUUGGUUUCAAACGUACACUAAGGUUCGUUUAUUGAAGUAAACUCUCCCAGGUUUCCACUCUUUGUGCUUGGGUUUUUAGGUUUAUAUCGUCUAGUCCAGUGGUUCAUGGAGGAAUCAAGAUCCAGUGAUGUCCACUUCACAGGGUCCUCCACAGUCGAAUAGAACAACAUCUGAAGUCAUACGAGAUGCAGAGCCAGUCACACUCAAAGCUAGCGUUUCUUAUCUUGAGUUUAGCUGCUGAUUUUCACACGAGUGGUACCAGAAUCAUCCCAAGAGCUGCAUCUACUGUACUACUGUCAUGUAAUUUACGAUACGUCUGUUACCCAGAAACCCCUUGACCUUUCCGUGAAAUUACCAGUAGGGUGAUCCCCUUCACUUCUACCUCUCAGUAUUUGUCUCUAGCUGUUUUAAUGCCAACGGAUGCAACAGAAGAGUCAUAACCUGCCAGUUUUAUUCCCUCUUAAAGUUUUAUUUGGCGUCAGAGUUUUCCGUGUGUGUAAUUGAAUCCACAAUAUCGCUAAUACACUUAAAAAUAAAGGUUUUCUUGGCAUUGCUGCUUCCUUAGAGACCCUUUAACAUCAAUGGAAUCUCCAUUCCACAAAAAGCUCUUUAUAAUGAAAAUGAAAUACUAUAACUGAGUAAGAAAAACAAUUGAAAGGUUCUUUGGGGAACCAAAUAUGGUUUCUCAAUGGCGCCCCCUUUUGAAACCUUUAUUUUUAAGAGUUUAUUGUAUUACGUCGUAGACUUUGAAAGUCAUUAUUUUGUCAGUUCACGAUGAAAAAACUCGACCAACUAUCCAACCCAGUAUUACACACGUCAAACAACUCGUUAAACUGGUUUUCGGCUGAUGUUGAGCUCAUUUCAGUCUUCAAUGGGAGACACUGGAACAUUGAAAUGUGAUGAAUUGAACUGAAUUGGAGUUGUGAACUUGAAAUGAUAAUGAACUUAUGAGUGAUUGAUCUCCAGACCGCUGGUUGAUUGUUCAGUUGACAAAACACUUAAAAUAAUCUUGUUUUCCACUCACAAUAAUUCAAAAAUGGUUUCUACCCAAACUCAACUCUAUUGGCUUGGGGAUGUCGAGUCGUUCCUUGACCGGCAGGUUUAAUUUAUUGACCUUUGUUUAGUUGAUGAUGCUUUUGUGAAGCACAACUUGUGGUUGCCGUCUUUAAAUGUCUUUGCGUAAUGGUUUUCAGCCAAACUUGCGAACAAAUCGAAUGGAUGUUGGAGUUUCGCAGCUCAAUUCUACAGCAGAGUUGAUGUGAUUUAUACAUUAGUUGCGUGUUCUUUUGGUUUUAUAUAUUUCACACAGACUAAUUAUGAUGCCAGAACAUAGUUUUCCAAUUCAAGUCAACAUGAAGGGCUUUGCAACCCUUUUUACUCGAGAACGUGAUGUGUUUCGGAGUGAAAAUGGAUAUUUAUUGUGAAUUGGAUUGUGAAAAGGAUCCGAUUGUGUAAAUAUGUUUUUUAUUAACCAAUAACCUGAGCCGCAUGGACUUAAAAGUCGUUUUAUGUGCGUUUCAAGUUAUUGUGCGUUGGCGAAAGAGUACGAACAUUGUAAUAAUGUGAAUUGUUAGAGUAGCCAAAAAAUGAUUUCAGUAUUUUUUGUCUUGUUUUCCAGUGCAAAUAUCAUUUGCUUGAGAAGCAACGUAAAAUAUUAAGUCUUGUUUUGGAGUAAAAAAAAAGUCAAGAUUUAAAAAAAAUUACGUUUACUUUUCUGAGACCUUUGGCAGAUAUUUUUCUUGUUUUACGUAAAAACACGCUCAAUUGAAUAAAGACUUAUGCAUAUUGCUUCUAAAGUAAAUAUAUCUUAAUUUAAAAAUGUUCUGUACUGGGAAAAAAAAGACAAAAUACUAGCUAAGAAAAUCAUUUUUGCAAUGCAUUCAGAAAGUAAAUAGUCAGUUUUGACAUUAUGUUGACUUUAAAGAAAAAACAACCCAAUGUUUUAAUGCAUAUUAAAUUUACAUCUACUUCAAAUGACAAGAUCCCCCCCAAAAUGACGUAAAAGGGUUGCCUUCACAGUGUUAAAUUAAUUAAAAGUGCCUUCUGUAUGUCCACUGGGCCUUUAAGUUUAGCAUGAUUCACAACAAGUCUGUCUGCUUGCCUUUUUUGGGAAAAUUAAGACCGAGAUUGAUGACCACUGAAAUAUUUGCGGUGUUAUUAUCUCAUAACUCACCUUUACAAAAGCAAAAACUGUAACCCUAAAUCAUUUGGUUGUUCCAUGUAUCUCAUGUAUGUAUUAUUUUAGACUCAUAUUUUCGUACAAUGUGAGUUUCAGAUAGUGAAUAAAUAGCUUUUUGUUGUUCUUAUUAUUUCCUGAUGUAACUGUGGGGGCGUCUUGAUGACGACGAGCCCCCGUUAACGUUCUAGAUAUUUUAGGAGACGUGAGAAACGGAUGGAUUUUUAUUUCCAAUCGUACCUUUUUAGGGUAUUUUGUUUGUGGAGAGUAAACUUUGUUUCGGUUUGCUUCUGUAUUUGCCAAAUGAGUAAAAAAAUGCUGUAUUUUCUUACAUGGGUGCCGUGUUUGGGAGGAUUCUGUGUCUGGGAAUCAGCUGCAGUGAACAUGAACACGUGUCAUUGUUUUGUGGAUAUGAUCUGCCAUUAAAACAUUCCCCUUGA